GACCGCCAACCCGAUGGAGUCUAUAAGGCUGGCUACACCCAGGAAACACUACCAUGUAACAACGAUCCCCCUUGGCGUGAGAGACUGGACAGGCCACGACCACAACUCUACCAGUUAUUCCGCUGACGCGUCGUGCUACCCGUGGGAGAUGACUGGGCCUUCUCCACAUGUACACCUGAUAAAUCGGACUUCAUAACUGACCAGUGCAAAUGCGGGACUUUUUGAGCUCGAAGGCCGGCGAAGCCCGAGCCUGAAUGCAUGGACACCGCCAUGAGAAUGACCCCACAACUGACGACAGUUCCCAACGGAACAACCAACCACAAAUCCGGGUGUCUUGCCGCGCCGAACAACUAUCACUAAAUGCCCCUCCCACGUAUCAAAGAAGUCGAUGAAGAUAUCGACUCGAACCACCCCCCAUCCGUCGUCCGCAGCGCCACCCCGGCAUCCAACGAGGGAUUUCCGUCGGACCUCGAUUCUCCUCAUGGAAAUGGAGGGUUUCAACAGGAGAGCGCUGAUGAUUUUUUUGUGACGGAACCUGGCUUGAAUGCUCUGCAGGCCAUGGACUUCGCCAUAGGCGCUCGACUCACUCCCGUUACGCGAAGCCUGUCGACUCUUUCAACCUUUUCCAAUGCAUCGGUUCUCUCAAUCCGGAGUUCUGGAAGGACAUUUUCCCUAAAAGACUUCUGUGAACAAGUCAUCGAUAAACAUUUAUGGCUUCAAACCGCCAGGAUCGUCAGCACGUCAUGCUAUUCUGAACUUAUAAAGCUUGUUCUGCACCGGUUCCUCAUCUUCCAGUUACGCCGUCCGGAGAAAAAAGAUAUAUGGCUUCGGAUUGAUCGAAGAGCCGGAAUAAGCUUUUUCUCACUCGCGCGGAAACUUGGGAAAACUCGCGCCCACGACGUGGUUCAGCUCUCUGGGUCCAAGAGAGUCCUCACCGGAAGGGCGCGCCGAGAGAACAUUCAAAACUUUGAACGGCCACCCUUUCUCGGUGAUUUUGGUCUCUAUCUUAGUAUUAUCUGUGAAGAAUUGUUGGAGUACAAAGUUUGGCCGGAAAACUGCUGGAUGCUCUGCUCACUUUUGCAAGAGCACCUUGAAGCCUCAGGGGGCGGGCACUAUACGCUCGGGGGUCCGGUUGCCCGCUCUACGGCACCUGAUGUUCGAGGGAGAAUUUCCCAACGAGUGGUCACGCAUGUAACACCUACUACGAUCAUGACCGCCUUGCGAGAUUCAGCUUGGACCUUCAGCCCUCUGUGGCAGCCCUUAAGCUUUUCAAUGCCAAGGGGGUGGCUUGCUCACUCAAUUGGGACAUUUCUUGCCAAAAUCGCGUACCCAUCACAGAGCUCAGAUACCUAUUACCGUUCACAAGGUGCACUGGAAUGGAUUACUGGCUCCUCGCUUCCUACUCGCCUAGAAUGGAGUGAUAUGCACUCUCGUAUUGCCCUAUACUGCAUUGACAUCCUCGGCCGUUUGCCGGAGGGAAAUGUUCUCAGACUUCCCAACCCUUUGAUCCUCAACUCUCAUAUUCCGGAUCUUGCGCUUCAGAUCCAGUCGAAAAUUCCCAAGGAAGUUCAAUAUGCUGCACUAUAUGGCCUUUUACAUGUGGCGGAGAUUGGCAAUCCGCGGGCUGAGCUGUUCAACCAAUUAGAAACAUUCUUCGCUGCGUCGAUGAUCAGAUGGCUGGAGCUCUUGAGCCUGCUUGGCGCCACAAAGAAUGCCCAGAUUGCAUUGGAAAAAGUUAGUAUAUGGUAUGAGAGUCAGACACGCCGGUUACAGGAUCAGAAUCGAAACAAAUCUUUACUUCAGCUGCUGCUUCGGUGCCGUCGCUUCACCUACCAAUACCACGAAGUCAUCUCAGCUUCGGCAGGACACAUCACACAUUCAGCUCUCUCUCAUUCAUCUUACCUGGAUUGGCAAAGGCAGUACGGAAAAUCAUCCCAGGAACAGUUCCCAACCAUACAAGGGGAAGAUUUUGGAUGGGAUGGUUGCCUACACACGUUCCGCGGCCACACUGGUUACGGUUCCUCGGCCUCAUUCUCUCCUGAUGGAUACAGGAUAGCCUCAGCGUCUGAUGGUAAAACGAUACUCAUCUGGGAUACGGUGACUGGGGACGAACUUAAAGACCUCCGUGGGCACUCUGCCUCGAUCACCUCGGUCUCGUUCUCUCCUGAUGGAUUCAGGCUAGCCUCAACAUCCAAGGACAACACCAUACGGAUCUGGGAUCCAGUGACCGGGGAAGCACUCAACGUGCUCCAAGGGCAUGCCUCCUCGGUCGCCUCAGUUUCUUUUUCGCCCAACGGUUUCAGAGUAGCCUCAGCCUCCCAUGACAACACUGUACGGAUAUGGGAUGCAGUGGCCGGGGAGCUGCGUGAUAUUCUGGAGGGACACACUGACUGCGUCAACUCAGUCUCAUUCUCAUCUGAUGGAUCCAGGGUAGCCUCAGCAUCCAACGACAAUACGGUACGGAUCUGGGAUGCGGGGACCGGGGAAGAACUCAAGGUUCUCCAAGGACACACCGAUUGGGUCAACUCGGUCUCGUUUUCACCUGACGAGCCCAUGGUAGCUUCGGCGUCGGGGGACAAAACAGUGCGAAUAUGGGAUGUGGUGGUUGGAAAGGAACUUAAGAUUCUCCGAGGGCACAAAGAUCGGAUCUUUUCAGUCUCAUUCUCCCCCGAUGGAUCUAGAGUAGCCUCGGCAGCUUAUGACGUACGAAUCUGGGAUGUGGUAACGGGUGAAGAACUUAAGGUUCUCGGAGGGAACCAUUAUGGGUUCGUCUCGGUCACAUUCUCCCCUGAUGGUUCCAGAGUAGCCUCAGCGGAGGGCCAUGACCACUACGUACGGAUCUGGGAUGCGGUGGUUUGGGAAGAUCUCAAGGUCCUCCGAAAGCACGCUCACCGGGUCAAUUCAUUUUCGUUUACUCCUGAUGGAACCAGACUAGCCUCGGCAUCCUAUGACAACACAGUACGGAUCUGGGAUGCGGUGACUGGGGAAGAUCUCAAAGUCCUACGUGGGCACACUUACGGUGUCGCCUCAGUUUCCUUCUCGCCCGAUGGGUCCAAGCUAGCCUCGGCGUCUAGUGACUGUACGGUCCGAAUCUGGGAUGUGGGGAAUGGGGACGAACUCAAAGUCCUUCGGGGGCACACCCACGGGGCCCCGUCGGUCUCAUUCUCCCCUGAUGGGUCCAGGCUAGCCUCGGCAUCCUAUGACAACACAGUACGACUUUGGGAUGCAGUGACCGGGAAAGAACUGCAGGUUUUGCAAGGGCACACUAAAUGGGUUCUCUCAGUCUCAUUCUCCCCUGAUGGGUCUAGGCUAGUCUCAGCAUCCAACGACAAUACGGUAAGGAUCUGGGAUGCAAUGACUGGGAAGGAAUUCAAGGUCAUCCGAGGCAUUGCAGACUGGGUCCGCUCAGUUUCAUUCUCCCCCGAUGGGUUCAGGGUUGCUUUAGCAUUGCAUGACAAUACAACACGAAUCUGGGAUGCAGUAACGGGGGAGGCAGUAUCCACUGGAAGCAAUUCUGUUCCAUCCUACAUAUACAGGGAUCCGGGUCCCGACAUGGUCACCGUUCCCAAUGCCUGCUCGUUUGCCGAAGUCGAAUAUGAUGAACUCAACCACAUUCAUCUGUUUAUUGGGGAAUGUGGAAUCCCUCACUUUAUUGCCCCUGCUUACAUAAGCGACAACAUAUCCACUUGGAAAGCUUCGCGCGACUUUCAAGCUAUUGCUAUUGGAACGCUGAAUGGGAGUGUCCUCAUUAUCCAUGCGCCAAACCAGUGUAUGAACUCAGAGGCGAAAACGUGAUUCGGAACUCAGUUUACCAUGCUGGAAGUGCACUCCGUUCGACUGGGCCGCUUUACAGAAGCCAUGUCCGCCCCCCUGUAUUCGAGUCUAGUUAGGUAGGUGUUUAACUAAGGGGGUUAGGUACUGUGGAACGCUUGGGAAGUGUCGGCAGCGCGCCAGAGUGUGACGAAGACGUGGGCGCCGUACUUCAGGAUGGGGCUAUGUAUGUACACACUAAAUCCUAUAUCGAUAUUAGUGUCUCGCCA